AAGGGCUCAAUGGGUCGCCUCAGUGCCGAAUCAUAUAUCACCUUCCCAAGAUCCUCCAUCUAUCAUUAUACGACCCGGAAAUCAUUUUUCAUGGCCACCCGUCACUGCAUGGCAAAGCAGCACGCCCAGGACUCAUGCCGAGCUAUGUACCCUCCCUGGAGUCGCAGAUUAUGGUUUUAGAGUUUCUUCUCAAAGCGGGGACAUCUAUCCUAGUCAUCGAUAUCGCCAUCUUCUCUGACAUGGCCCUGCGCUCAGAUAUGCUCGUCGACAUUCCCUGGUCAGAUUGGGGACCUCAGUAUGCGUGCUACUUUCCGCACCACGAAAGCUACCAUAUCAGCGUGUUUGGCAGCAAAAUGGCUUAUGCUCUUCCCCAAGAUCAUAUUCGUGAUCCUGGUCAAACACUGGAAGGGCUCUCCAGCGAGGGUUACUUCUAUGUGCACAUCUGGGACUUCAAUAAGCGAGUCAUUGCAUGUUCGGAAAGUGUCAACGAUCCUGACUCACCGAGUCUUCGCAUUUGCAAGUCGGGUCAGAUGAUUGACUCCUUUGGUGAAGACAUCUUCUCGAGUCGUGCAUACAUCGCAACGGUCUGUCGUACGCCAUUUCCGACAGCUGGCUCCAGGAUAUUCUUGGAACAGGGUCGGCUUACUGUGACAUGGGUACGUGUUCUUCGUUUGAACACAGUAACAGUCUGAUGUGGCUGCGUUGUAGGCUCGGCAUGAUGAGAUUAGUUUUCGGGUCAUUUCCCCCACUCAGACGGAGGUUGGCCCGGACC